AUGCUGGAAACGCAUUCUGCUACCCCUCUCCUAUCCCGCACUGAUUGGAUCAGGAAUCAGUCUAGUUAUUUGCACAACUACAACACCAAGUUUGAGAAUCUCAAGGCACAAUUUGAGAAACUUACCCUUGUCAGACAGCGUGUGCUGCAUAAUAUUGAGGUUGCUAGAAGAAAUGGAGAAGAGAUUGAUGAGGACUUUCAAGAGUGGAUGAUUAAUGUCGACAAGCUCAUCGAAAACGCAGUUAAGAUUUUUUUAGACGAACGGAAAGGAAAGAAGAGAUGUUUCGGGGGGUUAUGUCCUAAUUUGGGAACCCGGCAUCAGCUUAGCAAGAAAGCAGCUAACGAAGUUAAGUCUAUGGUUUUACUAUUGUCUCAAGGAGAAAAAUUCCAUGAAAUCUCCUCCCGUACCAUUCCAGAGGACAUUUCCAGCUUGGUUACUUCAAGCCAAAAUCCCUUUAUUUCUUUGCGGAACUACAACAGAUACUAUGAGAAACUUGUUACUGAAGUUGAGAAGCUGAUGGAUGACAGGGAGCGUGUGCAGCGUUUGAUAGAGGUUUCUAGAAGAAACGGAGAAUCGAUUUAUGAAGAUGUUUCGAAGUGGAUGAUGAGUGUUGGAGAGCUUGUUGAUGAUACAAGAAGGACUUUUGAAGCCUUUAAGCAGAAAGAAAAUGGCCGAUGUUUCAUCGGGUUGUAUCCUGGUCUGAAAGCCCGUUACAAUCUCGGCAACAAAGCAGUGAGGCAACUGAGGGCUGUUGCUGAACUCCGGGGAGAAGUGUUCGAUAGAGUUUCUUACACUAUCAUUCCACCCAACGUAUGGCAUACUUCUACCAAAGUUUACGAGAAUUUUGGAUCAAGAAUGUCCACUUUGCAGGGUCUGUACAACACAUUAAAGGAUCCUAAUAUCAACAUAGUUGGGGUGCAUGGAAUGGGUGGCAUUGGCAAGACUGUGUUAGUGAAGCAAUUAGCAGCUCGAGCCGAGAGAGAUAAGCUCUUUGAUGUUGUGAUUUUUGCAGAGGUAACUUCAAGACCAAACAUAAAAAAGAUUCAAGGAGACAUUGCAGAUCAUCUGGGUCUGAUGUUCCGUCAGGAGGGUGAAGGGGAAAGAGCACUCAGGCUAAUUGAUCGAUUGAUGCUAGAGAAGACCGUUGUUGUAAUAUUAGAUGAUAUCUGGACAAGUUUUAAUUUGAGGAGAGUUGGAGUUCCUGUGGGAGACGAUCAUGAGAUGUGUAAACUACUGCUAACAUCAAGAGAUGGUGAUGUAUUAAGCCAAAUAGGUUCUCAGCGGAAUUUUUUUGUUGAUGUUUUAGAUGAAGAAGAAAAUUUUGAUCUCUUUGAGAAAAUAGCAGGUGAUUCUGCUGAAAACCUGGAGUUGCAGCCCUUAGCAUUUAACAUAGCCAAGGCAUCUGGAGGCUUGCCUCUUGCCGUUUCUUCAAUUGCAACUGCAUUGAGACGCAAGGACAUAGCUACAUGGCGCAAUACAUUGCGAAGUUUGGGACAGCCAUUAUUGAAUAACUUCAGUGGGAUACUUGCGGAAGUUUACUCAAGUAUAGAGUUGAGUUAUAAUCUUUUGAAAGGUGAGGAACUCAAGUCAACUUUUUUGCUUUGUAGUCCGAUGAAGUAUUCUGGUGAUAUUUCCAUCAUGGGAUUGUUAAAAUAUGGAAUGGGUUUGGGUUUAUUUAAAGAAAUUUCUAGUGUGGAAGAAGCACGAAAUAGAGUAUAUACAUUGAUUCACGAACUCAAAUGCUGUUGUUUGCUACUCGAUGGUCAUUCCAAUGAAUGGUUUUCUAUUCAUGAUAUUGUUCUUCUUGUUGCCAUAACAAUUGCAUCUAGAGAUCAACAUGCAUUUACACUGAGAAAUGGGGCUAUAGAUUGGCUAGAUAAGGGUGCACUUAGAAAAUGCCAGGCAAUCUUCAUAUUGGACAGUAAUAUUACAGAGCUUCCUGAAGGUUUGGAAUGUCCACAACUCAGUUUUUUCUAUCUUCUUGCUCAAAAUUCAAUUAUGAAAAUUCCAGACAGUUUUUUCAGUAGAAUGACACAACUCACUGUUCUAAACUUGACUAAAAUGCACUUAUCACCAUUACCUUUCUCACUUUGUAUCUUAGUAAACCUUCGGACAUUGUGUUUGGAUCAGUGCAUACUGGGAAAUAUAGCUGGUAUUGGAGACUUGAAGAACCUAGAAAUCCUCAGCUUAUCACAUUCUGAUAUUAAGUUUUUGCCUAAAGAUAUAGGUCAGUUGACUCAGUUGAGGAUGUUAGAUAUGAGUGGUUGUUCCAAACUAGAAGUUAUUUCACCAAAUGUUAUAUCAAGUUUAUCUCGCUUAGAAGAAUUGUAUAUGAGUAAUAGCUUUCUUCGAUGGGAAGUUGAAGGGCUCAGUAUGGAAGGAAGAAAUGCUAGCGUUAAUGAGUUGAAGCAUUUGGCUGAAUUGACAUCUUUAGAAAUAUGUGUUAAAGAUGCCAAUAUUCUACCAAGAGAUCUUGUUUCUAAGUUGAGAAGAUACAGGAUAUUCAUAGGUGAUGUGUGGGACUGGUUCAGUGAGUAUGGAACUUUAAGAACAUUGAAACUCAAGGCCAAUACCAGCAUUUUUCCGAAGCGUGGGAUUACCAGGCAAUUGAAUGGAAUUGAAGAACUAUACUUGGAUGAAUUGUUGGGUGUUGACAACGUUCUUUAUCAAUUAGAUGGUGAGGGUUUUUCACAAUUGAAGCAUCUCCAUAUUCAGAAUAAUUCCUCCUUGCAAUGUAUUGUUGACCCAACGGAUCGUGAACCUGGUCAUGCUUUUCCCAAAUUGGAGUCAAUGUUUCUUCACAAUUUGAGGGCUUCCACAACUUCAAACACUUAA